UAUUGCUCGUGACCCAGCCCCGCCCACUAUUCAAAAUGGAGUUAUCAGGUAGCACAGUAACUGGACUGCAAUUGGCUGGUUCUUCUUCAAUAGAUGACAAGUCCUUCAACAGAUUGACUCAGUUAGUACUUCAAUCUAUAAUGGAGGACACUGACCCGUCCAUUAUACAAGAUGAUGGUAAAUUAUCAAAGAUAAAUCAAGGGAUGUUGAAGGAGUGCUACUCAUCAUUAAUUAUAUUAUUAAUUGAAGGUGCUCGAACUGACACUGAUACCACUGGAAUGAGGUCUACAUUGGAGGAUUGUAAAUUAACUCCUGACAGAAUUGAAGUAUUAGUAACACUUUAUAAUGAUAAUAAAGCAAAGCUAAGAGCAAGGUUGGGUAGAAUUCGUUCAUCAUUUCCUUACCUCACUGACGUCAACUGGAGAUUAGAUUAUUAUAUCAAAAGUAAUCAUUUGGAAAGAGUUGACAAACCAGUUUAUACAAUCAGUCUUAAUACUGAAGAAGGUGAUGGAAAGAAGAAAGAUGUUAUAUUUAGUUGCACACAAGAACAGCUCCAGGAUUUGGUGGGAAAGUUGAAAGAUGCUUCAAAAUCACUUGAGAAAUUUAGCCAACAAUAAAUAACUGAUGCAUUAAUAAUUGUUAUGUGUAUAAGUGUGUGCAUUUGUGUGAGACAUGUCUUUUUUGCUAAAUGAACUGUUAUGUUUCUAGUGAA